AUGAUUCAAGUAUUUGAGAAGCUUGGCCUGCGUUAUCGUACAUGGACGUACAAAUCGAAGCCCGAUUCGAUUGGCCGUGUAGAGGCGCUGGCACUGCCACCCAGAAAUUCGCCUCGCGUUGCCGGGGUUGCAUAUGAACGCCCCGAUAACGGAGGUGGACACAUUGCUGUUUGCACAAACCCAGGAACACCAUACAGGCGGUACAUUGACUACCAGACAAACCCCAAAGGAAUAGAUGUAACAGGAGAAGUCCGCAAGUCACUAAUCUAUGGCUACUUUUAUCUUGAUAAGAAGGCUUCUGAGGGUGAAUUCGUCAAGAAACAGCUAGCAGCAAUCAGUCUAAUGGAAACUGACGAAGCCAAUCUGAACCUGCCCGGUGGCAGCCAGGACGAGCUCAUGGAGGUAGUAUAUGACGACCAGUUGCCACCACUGACUCGAGGUGAUUAUGAGGGUCUCAACUGCCCUGCGCUUCUUGCCACUCUAUCAGCACCACCGAACAUGGAAGCUGGGCGCUCAAUCGAGGACGGCCAUUUCCUUCGAACCCGUGCUGAUGGGGAUUGUGAUAAAGCUCGUGAGACAGCAAACCAACAAAUUAAGAAGGAUAAGCAGUUAGCCAAGCAAGAACAAGUGUCAACUACUCCUGGCGAAAGACACCAGAAAGUCUAA